UGGUGUGUGGUGGUAGAUGCCAAGAGGGGGCAAUGAUGAGGACACGACUCUUCAUUGGAAUCAAAAGCAGAAGGAGGAGUUGUUGCAACUCCUAGCAGAGUAUAACCGUAACUACCAUGGUCGGAAACCGGUCCAGAAAAAUUGGGAAGAUUGGGCUACUAAGCUACAAAAACAUUUUAAGGAUCCAGUUACGGCGGCCAAGGUUCAACAGAUGCGAGUGCGUCUAAAAGGCAAGUUUGAUAAGGAGGUUAUACUACGUACAACCACAGGCCUUGGUUGGGAUCCUGUGACAGGCGCAGUGACUUGUACGGACGAGUAUUGGGAAGAUUUUGCUAAGAACAAGAAGUGGGCUAAUGCUGCGAAGAAGCAUCCCCUUAAAAAUUUUGACUUGUACUACGAGGCCUUUGGUAGUACCCGUGCAUGUGGUGAAUUUGCGGUGGGAUUGGAAAAUCCCACCACCGCGCACGUAGACACAACUCCAAUCCCGGCUGAAGAAGGUGAAGGGGGGGCGACGUCGCAUUCGUUAGGCAGCGAUGACGUUUUUGUGACCACGAUGCGAGCUGGGUUGAACAGUGCUAGGAAGGGCUUGAAUGUUGCAUCCACCUCUAAGGCAAUUGGUAAGAAAUCUGGACGCAGUCAGAAACGUCCGGUUGGCGAUCCAGAAGCAAGGGCACUACUUGGACGACUUGUAGCCUCUAUAGAAAGUAAGAAUAGUAGCAGGGCUACCAGUUCCAGCGCUUCUCAGAACCCUGCGACCCCUACCACUCUGCGGCAGUGUACAGCGAUUGUGAAGGAAAUGGAUCUUGAAGAUGACACUGUCAUAAUAUUCUUAGAGGCCAUUGGGUGGUUUCCACACAUGCAGCAACUCUUUUUGGAUAUGACAGAGACGCAAAGGGUUGGUUUCGUGAUGAGAACCGUUACCUCUAAAACGAGUCAAUCUACCCAAUCUUGCACCAUGCCCCCUCCAUCCAUGGCUUCCAACUUCAUGCAGCCCCCUAUAUAUCAAAACUUCAUGCCGACACCCAACUUUUACCAACAACCGCCAAUCUAUGGCCAACAACCUCCUACCUUUGGCCAACCACAAGUACCCAGUUUCUCUCAACCCUCUCACCACAUGCAACCACAACACCCACCAAUCCAAAACAUGACCCCAAAUGUUACUCCCCAUCCCCCUAACUUUCAAUGUCCACCACCCUAUUACAUGCCUAGUUUUCCACCUAACUCUGGUCAUUUUGGUGGAGGAAACAAUGAGGAGUAGCUACUUGUUAGGCUUUUUAAU